GUAGAUUCAGAGAAAUAGCUGCCUCCUCCGGUCCCACCUAAAAAUUAUCCUAAUACACGAAAGGAAAGACUACUUCUCGCCGAUGAUUUAUGCUACGGAGUAGCCGCAAAAGAGAUAUCUCAUUAUAGAGAAACCAUCAUUGCGAGUAGAGAACGCGACACGGUAUGCUUCUCUUGGACCUGAUAAGAUUCAUCGAGAGACUGCCGCAAUGCUUGCCUAUCCAGACCGACGAUACUCAUGCUCACCACGUACAUCUGUGCUCUCUACCACUGCAACGAUUGAUACACCUUCCCGCCGGAACUCUCACGCAGCGUCUUCGACUCUUGUUGCCAGUCUAUCCAGUUGUGGCAAGCCGCCCAACUCCUCAUCACCACCCCUGAGUGUUGGUCUAUCCCCUCACCCACUUCCUAUAAGAACAAUUACGUCGCCAUCACGUACCACAUCGAUGGACGACCUUGGGAAGCAAGACGCCGAUGGGAGUUCGCUGGCUCCGCUGCCCAAGAAACGAUCACUUGACAAUCGGGGCUCAAAAUCUUCUCUCGAAAUGAGCCGGGAAACACGCCCAUGGAGGUUAAGUCAUAGACAGAAGGACAAGAAAAGCCAAUCUGCACAGCUGACUCAUACAGUUGUUCACAAGCAAGGUUAUCGGCCACCUACUUCAACUGGUAAAAGAUUUCCAGUCUACUACAAAAAGCCUGCGAGGCGUUCUCUGGAUGUUCCACUACCUGCCCCCGCCUCUUCCGCCAUGGCUCGUACUUCCCACUAUGAAAGGGCUCUGAACCACAUUAUUGGAUGAUAGAUCUAUUAUGUCUGCACCAAAUAUGAAUGUGCCUUCAAGUCUGUGUUCAGUACCAUAGCACCUUUGUGUAGGACGG